CUUUUCUGUUGCUACUUCAGUGAUCAGUUUAGACCAUGAAGCUGUUUGGACUGCAUUUCUCUGCUGUGUGGAUGUUGUGCUGCUGUCUUGUGUAUGGCAGAGGUCAUGGUGUGUGUACUCAAGGGAAGCUCAUUACAACAAUCAAUUUAACCACACAGCUUCAGUCUGAAAUCUUGCUGCCGUGCCUUUUUGAACCAGCUCUCACUAGAUCAAAUCUGUCCACGGAUUCCAGUGCUGAGUGGACUCAGAUUAAUGAAACCAUUGUCUAUAUUGUAGCAAUCAAAGUAAAUGGUCAGAUAAACUUCUGGAAUCACAGAAAGAGAAUUAAUGGAUUCCGAGAGGCCGCUGCCUCUGGAAACUUCUCCAUCCUGAUUAGAAAUGUGCAGCUCUCUGAUCUGGGUCUCUACCGCUGUCAACUCUUCAGAGACUUCAACUGUUCUCUGGGCUAUAAAGAAAUACAACUCCGUCUGGCUGCUGUUGAAUUUUCACUGCUCAAUAACUGGCAGCUCAUAGCUGCAGGAGGAGGAGGAGGAUUUCUGCUUCUCUGUUUGAUCACUGUGUGUAUUUACUAUGCACGGACAAAACGGCAAGAAGUCGAUGUAUCAGUCAACCACAGAUCACACAAUUGCCCUGAUGUGGAUGGACAAAACGUUGAGGAAACAGACGAAAUAACCUAUGCAUCAGUUGUUGUUAAGUCACGCAACUGCCAUGACAAUAAAGACCCUAUAAAUGGCUCUGCAUCUGCAUCUGCAUCUGUUCUUCAGAACCCUGAGACGGUCAUUUACGCUUCUGUCAAGCAAAGAGACAAAAGAUGAGCAAGUGAGAAAUGAAACAUUCAAAUUAAAACACUCAAAAAAAGCCAAAUAUUUCUAGAGAACUCACAUUUGGUAUGGUUUGAUUUCUCACCAAACGAAUCUAACGAUGAAAAUGCUGCAUAGAAAUAUCUUGCAAAUAAAAAUGACUGUACAAGUGCUCUGAAAAGAUGAACAGCGAUGGCACCAAUCCAGCCUAAUUUAUGCUCUGUUUUUAAGCAGAAAUGUGUU